AGUGGGUGGUGACUGUUUUCCCUCAAGGUUUGACAGAGCUCACGGUAUCUGCAGCACCUGAUACCGAUCGAGACAUCUCACUUUCCUCGCUUCUGUUCCAGGCACGGUCGGGAGGGACCUCACACUGCACUUCGUCCAGGAAUCCGACAGAGGUCGAUACAGCGCCUACAGGGUGGUUAGAGGGCAGGCCGGGGUCAUGUUUGUGUGUCGAGACGUGAUCAUUACGCAGGGCACGCGGGAAUGAGGCCAUGGCCGCCUCCACAAGGCAGCGCUCCAGGACGUUAUUUCCCAAGAUAAACACCUGCCGGGAGGAUAUCUGGGUUUAAACUACCGCCAACCUCUCAUUCAUCUGUCGUCACCUAUCGGAGGGAGCGCUCUAGCCUUUCCAUCUACCGGGCGAACUGCUGGACCGUACAGGGCCGACAUAGGGUUACCCGUCAUGUGUUAAUAUUUCUACCGGCGGGAACGGAUGAAAUAGGCGUUUCCUCUCUCCGCGGCUGCUGUCACGCGAUCGCUACAACUACUACACGUACACGGGAGAAGAUCGGAGCAUUAAUAGCGCUUUCGGCUCGUCUAGCGCGGUUCUUCAUCCAGAAACGUGCCGUCUCCUGUCAGCGAGGUGCCCCAGGCGUGUACAGAAGACUUUCCAAGUCACUGGGAAACUUUCAACCUCUCCGCGGCUGGAUGGAUGCGUCUUGAGUAACAGUGCAACGUUUGUAACGUUUUAGUUGUAUACGGCACGUGGACAUGUUAUGAGUUAUCAUGAUCUGGACACAUUGUUGGCUGCCCCGUUGGUGUUCGUUGCGAGGAGCGUGUUUGUUUUAGGAACCCGCGUCUGGCAGCCGCGGUGCGGGCCAGGCCUGGCGGCGGCACAGGGCUGGCGCGCUCUCAGGGCGAUGCGCAGCCGAGACCUGAAGACAGUCCUGGCCCUCAUCGCUGUAACAAACGCCAUGGUGGUGUGUGUGUUGUACGGUGUUAUGUCAAAUUCUCGCGUGGAGACGCUCAGUAAUGCUGACAUUUUAAACCCUACAAACACACAGCCUUCCCCAAUCUUCAUGCAAGAUGCUGGCCGGGGUACAGACGCACAGAACACCCAGGGGACGCGUCGGAACGUCCGGUACCUGACGUUCCAACCCGACUACAACAGAAAACAUUUUAGGACGUUCACGGUCAAGAAAGUUACCCAAAAUGCACAGUCGCGACCUAGUGCCACUGAGAGAAGUAAAAAAGUUAGAGGUAGCAGUGUCAGAACACUAGCUCACAGGCGCGACAAGAAAGAGAACAUCAGAGUUUACGCACUUCCUCCAUGGUUCUCGGAGACUGACCUGUUGGACAUGCACAGGUUAGCUGACGAGAACAUGACCUUCGCUGGAAGAGAUACACGGGGACUAGACUGGUGGACUUUGGGCACAACUGGGAAAACGUCUGAAACGUUGCUGACUGAAGAAGGCGAAGUCAGCGCCAUGGAGUGUAAAAGCCACUGCAUUAUUGUCGACGACGAAAAAAGGUUACAUCAGGUGUUCGCCUUUCAUCUCGAUCGCGUCCUCGGGAUCAACCGGACGUUGCCAAUGGUUGCGCGAUCUUUCACGACCGAUAACGACGUACGACGAAGAGUGACGAUCAGACCUGUGAGUCUGUGGGACCCCUCCAUUCUCAUAACAGGCAGCGGCCAUUCAACCAUGUACAUUCACUGGAAUACGUACCAACACAUGUUAAAGAGCCAUUGCUGGGGAAAAGGGUCUGUGAGUAAAAUCAAACGGCCGACUAGCUAUCAUUGCACAGACGUACUGCAUUCAGAAUGGUGUCGGAUGGCCAUGCUCGACUUUCUCCUUCAGAUCUAUGACCGGCUGGACCGGAGCUGCUGCGGAUUUCAUCCUUCCUCCUCCGAGCAGUGUGUCUUGGAAGCGACACAUAGCGACUGUGAUAAUGACCACAGGGUGAUGCUGGACCAUAUCCUUCAGCGGCGUGGAGACACCAAACACCUGGUGCUGGUGGAAAACAACGCCAGGUUCAACGUCAGCGAGAAGAGGUUGAACUACAGGUUACUGGAGGGCAUUGACGUGUUUCCCAAAUCUGCCGUGGCGUUGUUGAAGACCCCGGGGCGGCUGAGGCAGAACCUGGUGCAGUCGCUGUUCACGGACCGGCUGUACUGGGAGGCGAGCGGCGGCAGGCACGGCGUGGAGCGCCUCAUCGACGUCAUCGAGACACGGGCAAAGGCACUGCUACGGCACAUGAAGGAGAAAAAGAUUAGGGUUGCUCAAAUGAACUGAUCUGGUGGAAUCCUUUUGCACAUAAAACUCUGAAUUGAACGCUUGUAUUUGUUAGCUGCAGUUUAUGGCAUUACAGAGGGAUGUCGCAAUUAUAGCGUAGUGUUGUGCGUACAUUUCGCCGCCUUCAUGCAACACACAAUACGUUUGCUUCUAAUGAAUCAUGUUAUUACCGUUUAUUGGUUAUAUCUGUAAACGAAUUCACCUGAAGACGAGAAAGUGUAGCAUAGUAUAUUUUUGCGUCAACAGUAAAGAAAUAUUAAGAAAAUCAGAAAAUACAUUACACCUACCUAUCGAUGCUUAAAAAACCUUUUGAAAUAAUAAAAGAACCAAGACGUGAACAUAGAAAUCGGUUUUCUGUGAAAGAGAAAAGCAGCAGGCUGAACGAACGAAUGAACUGCCUCUGAAUGAACUAGAUAUUUGUCGGGAACCAUAUAUUAAUUGUCCGUUGAUUAAAACCUGAACGAGAUAUAAUACAAAUUAAGUUCGUCUGUAACGGUAAUUGACAUUAUAGACAUUUUAUAUGCUACUUCCGUAAACAAGAUUGAGCACUGACCAACAAAACAUUUCAGUCAGUCUUCUGACCCUUGUCAAGUUUAAUGACCCAAAACAUAUGUCACGUGACAUGAAUGGAAUUGUCCGUGAACGGCAGUUUUUUCAGCCAUGUAACUAUGACAUGAAUGCCAUAAUAACUUCGUCGGCAAUUACAUGUAUACAUAU